CACAGCGAGCGCUUGCCUCGCUUGCAUCGCCGCCUGAAAACAGCCCUGGGUCGCUAGAGGGGAGGAAUGAAAUCCGGGAGGAUGGCUUGAUUGCCAGGGGUGCUGCACCGCGAGAAAUCAUGGGGAAUCAAGAUGGGAAGCUGAAGAAAAAUGCAGGUGAUGUGCAGGAAGGAGGAGAAGAUGCCUCUGGGCCCAGGGAUGCGGACGGCACAAAGAAGGUGUCGGGAGGCAGGAGGGGGCUGGGGAAGCACGCCAAAGGGAGCGAGCCGGGCAAGAAGAAGGGUAAGUCGGACUCCAGGCCCUCUGUGUUUUCAAAUCUGAGGAUCAGAAAAAAUCUGUCCAAGGCUAAAGAUGGGAACAGCAGCUCGCGGGAGGAUGUUUUGGAGAGCCAGGCCUUGCAGCCUGGGGAGCUGGACAGCACUCACUCGAUUGUAACCAAAACUCCCGAUAUAAGCAUCUCUGCAGAUGAGGGGGGUCUCUCAGACACAGAUGUUGAACAUUUUGAAAUCAGAAAUGAAGCUGUUCCAGCUGCUGCAGAGACACAGGAUGGACAAAGGACCAGCUCUGGCUCUGAUACGGAUAUAUACAGUUUCCAUUCAGCGGCAGAACAAGAGGAUUUGCUUUCUGAUAUCCAGCAAGCUAUUAGGCUGCAGCAGCAGCAGCAGCAGGGGGCAAUUAACAUUGGAACUGAGGACCUUGUCACCAAAACAAUGGGCCGACACAUGGCUAAUUCCCAAGCAACCCCCUUGGAUUUUGAACGUUUCUUUUCAGUGACCACCACUGACAAAGAGAAGAGCCCAGACACUGAGGGGGCUUUUCCAGCGGUAUCGGAAACUGUGGAAAACGUUCCCGUCUCCUGUGCGACGGAGGCGGUGAAUGGCACAGGCCCUCCUGGUAACAGCUUAUCUGAAACACAAGAGCCUCAGCCCCUGGCUGAGGAGCAGCUCCCUGCUGGGGUGGAUGCUGUGGCCAGUGAGCUACGAGAUGGUUCGGCCAGAGCUGCGGUAGAAAGCGGGUCUCGGGCGCACAGCUCCGCACAAGCUGAGGCUAGCAUCGCUGAGGUGCAGGCUGUCGGUUCGCAGGGCUCAGUGACACAGGGUGGUGUUUCGGAUGCUGCUGAGACCGGGGAAGGGAAGCACGCUCUGUCAGCCAGCCAAGAGCAGCUGCAGAAUGGUUUAUCCACGGAAAUGAAAAAUGGCAGUUUGUCCUCUGAAGGAACAGCAGACAGUCCCAUGCUUGCUUCCCGGUGUUUUAAGCCCUAUCUAAUUAAUCCCUGUUACAUCAAAACCACAACUAGGCAACUGAGUUCUCCCAACCAUUCCCCUUCUCCCUCCCCAUCCCAGAGCCCACUUUUCACAAGGAGGCAGGAGUCCUUCCACAAAAACGAAAAAGUCUCAAUCAGGAAGAAGAGGUCUGCUAGUCUGGCAGGUUUGUUCAGUCGCUCUGCAGACUGGACAGAAGAGGUGUCUAAUCACAAAAGCGAGAUAACGGAGAAGGUGAGCUCUGCAGACUUUUUGGAGCACAAGGGGUUUAGAGAGAAAUUUCAAGCAGAAAGAGUGCCUUUGACUCAUUCAAGAAAGUCCUCAGGGGUCCAGGCUUCUACAGAGGCAUUUCCCAAUGUCUUUUCAGGACGAACUCUGCUGGAAAAGCUCUUCAGCCAGCAGGAAAAUGCACCACAAGAAGAAGCAGAAAAGCUGUGUUCCCGCAUUAUUGCCAUGGGUCUUUUGCUGCCAUUCACUGACUGCUUCAGAGAGCCAUGCAACCAGAGUGCCAAGCAAAGCACACCCACAUUUGAUCAAGACCAGCUUUAUACUUGGGCUGCAGUUAGCCAACCCACACAUUCAACAGAUUACAUUGAAGGAAGCUUUCCAAGGAGAAUUCCAUCUGCAUGGCCUCCACCCAAACCUCCAGAUGAAGAACAAAGGCUCAAAGUUUCAGAUGUCAAUUCAGAGUUGAAAUCCACAGCCCUGGAAACAGAGAAGAAAUGCAUAGGUGGUGUUCAGCAGGCACAGGAUGAGUUUGAGGUGAAAUCUGAGGAGCGUGCCAGUGUCAUCCAACAACUUGAGCAAACUAUUGAGGAUCUGAGGACAAAAAUUGCAGAACUAGAGAAGCAGUUUCCUGCUGCAGAGGUACAGACUGCUGGGAGGGAGCAGGAAAAUGAGCACACACAUGCAGACUCCAGGGAACUCGGCAGAGUGACUCUUCAAAGGAAUGAAGAGGAGACCGCACCCAGGACUGUGUCACAGGCGAGAUCUGUACAGACGUCACCAACAGAGGAUUAUUUAACACAUACAAUGCCUUCAGCCAGUGCACUGCCACAGCCACCCCUGCCACUGCACUUAGAAGGGGGCAAAAGUGAAGGGCCUACUCAGAAAUUGCCAGCUCUAGAACUACAGCCCACGUUUUGCUCUGAAAUCUCCUUAAUUCUGUCACCGAAGCUAAUCUCAGUGCCACUGGAUGCCAGCCAAGCAGGGCAGAGUAUAGCGCAGCCACCUCUUGCAGGACCCAAAGCAUCCGAAGGAGAGACUGAAACAUCAGUUUGCCAUCAGCCUCCAAGUACUGUAGCUGUAACCUGUAGGGAACAUCCCCCUUCCGUGCCCCCAGAGCCCACAUGUAGCAUUGCCCCAGUGACUGAACAGGCUGGAGCACAUGGCCAUUCCUUUGUUACUCCCAUGUCUACGGCAGGAUUGCCACUGCCACCACCCCUACCUGACUCAGGACUCCCUUCUUCUGCUGCCUCAGCAGUGACACACCUGGACCACUCUUUCCCAGGCACCGUGACAUCACCUCUUCCUCCUCCUCCUCCGCAUUUGCCAAGUGGGGAGAUAGCGAUGCUGCCUCCAGCUCCUCUCCUCCCAUGCCCUGGAUUCCCCCCACCACCUCUACCACCACCUUUGCCAGGAGCAGGAGUCCCAUCUCCUCUGCCUGACUGGGGUAUCGAACCUCCCCCUCCACCACCACCUUUACCAGGAGCUGGUGUCCCUCCUCCACCUCCUCCUCUGCCCGGCCUGGGAUUGCCAUCCCCAGCACCACCGCUUCCUGGAGCAGGAUUGCCACCACCUCCCCCACCUCUGCCUGGAGGGGGAAUUCCACCCCCUCCUCCUCCUCCACCCCCUCUGCCUGGUGUAGCUGUUCCCCCUCCACCUCCUCCACCCCCUCUGCCUGCCGUGCCCCCUCCACCCCCUCUGCCUGGUGCUGGUGUCCCUCCACCACCCCCUCUUCCUGGUGUAGCUGUACCUCCUCCACCACCUCUGCCUGGUGCUGGUGUCCCUCCACCACCCCCUCCUUUGCCUGGGUUGGGGAUGCCUCCUCCAGCCCCACCACCAUUGCCUGGAAGUGCACCCCCGCUUCCAGCAUCAGUCCAGGGUGGCAGCUACCCAGCAGUCCCACAGGGCUGUGGUUUUCUUCCUCCUCCAUUACCAUCUGGUUUAUUUGCAAUGGGGAUGAAUCAGGAGAAAGGGAGCAGGAAACAUGUGAUAGAGCCUUCUCGGCCAAUGAAGCCUCUCUACUGGACAAGAAUUCAGCUCCACAGUAAAAGAGAUUCUAGUGCUUCACUUGUGUGGGAAAAAAUUGAAGAGCCUUCCAUAGAUUAUCAUGAGUUUGAAGAACUGUUUUCUAAAACAGCUGUUAAAGAGAGGAAGAAACCCAUUUCGGACACCAUUACAAAAACAAAGACUAAACAAGUUGUCAAGUUGUUAAGUAACAAAAGAUCUCAAGCUGUUGGAAUAUUAAUGUCUAGUCUUCAUUUAGACAUGAAGGACAUUCAGCAUGCUGUUGUGAACUUGGACAACUCUGUGGUUGACCUAGAGACACUGCAAGCCCUGUAUGAGAAUAGAGCACAGUCAGAUGAACUAGAAAAAAUAGAAAAGCAUAGCAAGGCAUCCAAGGAAAAAGAAAACGCCAAGUCUUUGGAUAAGCCAGAACAGUUCCUCUACGAACUCUCGCUGAUUCCCAACUUUUCAGAACGUGUGUUUUGCAUCCUGUUCCAAUCAACAUUUUCAGAAAGCAUUGGUUCAAUCCGCCGCAAACUCGAAUUGCUACAGAAACUGUGCGAGACAUUGAAGAAUGAAUCAGGAGUUAUGCGGGUUCUGGGUUUGGUUCUUGCCUUUGGGAAUUACAUGAAUGGUGGAAACAGGACACGAGGACAGGCUGAUGGGUUUGGGCUGGAUAUCCUGCCAAAACUGAAAGAUGUCAAGAGCAGUGACAACAGCAGAAGCCUUCUAUCGUACAUUGUCUCAUAUUAUUUGCGUAAUUUUGAUGAGGAUGCUGGAAGAGAACAAUGUAUCUUUCCUCUUCCGGAUCCACAAGAUCUCUUCCAGGCUUCACAACUGAAGUUUGAUGAUUUUCAGAAAGAUCUCCGCAAAAUGAAGAAAGAUUUGCGAGCAUGUGAGACAGAAGCAGCAAAAGUUUAUCAGCUAUCACUAGAAGAGCACCUACAGCCCUUCAAAGACAACAUGGAGCAAUUCAUUAGUCAAGCCAAAAUAGACCAAGAAAAUGAAGAAAAGUCACUGACAGAAGCACAUAAGAGCUUUUUGGAAACUACAGCAUAUUUCUGCAUGAAACCAAAAAUGGGCGAGAAGGAGGUGUCCCCACAUUCUUUCUUCAGUAUUUGGCAUGAAUUCAGUUCUGACUUCAAAGACUUCUGGAAGAAGGAAAACAAACUUAUUCUUCAAGAAAGAGUCAAAGAAGCAGAGGAAGUCUGCAGGCAGAAAAAGGGGAAGUCACUAUACAAUAUUAGACCAAAACACGACUCUGGAAUUAAAGCAAAGAUAAGUAUGAAGAUCUGAGAGAAGAAAUUCAAAAGCCAUUGUUACCUGGUUACCAAAACUCAACAUGCCUGUGGGUGGGGAGUGAGAGGGAAGGAAACUACAUCAUCUUGAUCAUUUGCUUCCUUGACCUUUUAAAAUUUGUGUUUUGUUCUCUAGAGUUUUCCACCAACUGAUGCGUUAUUGUACAUUCAUUCACGAAUGUAAUCACUUUAAUGGAGUGCCCAGAAAUAGACUAGGUAUGGACUUGAAACACCUUCCCUGUACUCUGUAUCUCCUUUGCCACUCAAAAAUGGUAUUUUGUAAAGUGUAUGGUAUAUUACAAAUAGGACAAGUCAGCAUGCAUAAAAAGUGGCAUCUGUAUCAGUUCUGAACAUGCUGAAAAUUGCAUUAAGUUGAACUUCAUAAGAAUGCUACUUGGUACAGUAAAACAUUUCCAUUCCUACUGGCAACAUCUACCACAAAUACUUCAUGACACUGCACUUAGAUUAGGGAAAGAAAUGUUACUCCUAGUGAAUUGUUUGUAUCCGUUUCAUGUUGGCAUUUGUAGUUUGUAUUUUGAAUCGUUAAGUGCUGUUUAUACAGUAUAAUCAAUGCUUUCCCAACUUGUUUGGUUGCCCUCCAUGACUAAAUAUUUGUGGAACAAGAUGUUUACUGUAACUAUCUUUAAAAUCGAUAAGGCAGCAUACUUUUACUUCAUCUUUUGCCAGAUAGUGAAUGCCAGGUGGUAUGGGGGUCAGAAAUCCAGCAUUUAAAAAAAAAUUAAAAAAAUAAAAAAAGGGAAAAAAUGAAAAAGCAGGAAAAUACAGAAAAGCACAGAAGUAUGAUAGAGAGUAUGAAAGAUUUGUCUAUUAUAGUUUGUUAAUAUAUAAAGCAGCUAAUACUUUUACAUGAACUUUAGAAGGUAUAGUAUAGUUUUAACUGCUGAUCACUUAAGUCAGGCUUUUGGCCAAAUGUACAUGAUUUCCCUUCUGGAAUUAGCUUUACAGUUAAUUUAAAACUCCUUUAGAGAGCCAUUAAAAGAUGCACAUGGAGACAACAUUUAUGGAAAACAGUAGCCAAUUCUAGUGACAGAACAUAGACUACCAACUAAUUGACAUCAAUUUCACACUUAGAAUUACAUUUCCUCCAGGCUUUCAGUAUCCCUGACUAGGAGGUUAAUGAUUGAAAUACAUGACUUAGGGCUUCCAUUUUAGACCACAUGCUAUUUCCUAUUUGCAAUCCAGAAUUUGCUGUAUCAGUUUUAGACUACUCAACUGAUAACAACCCCUUCCUCCAGUCCUUAUUUAAGAGCCCCAAACCAACCAGCUUGAUUGAUAACACUUUUCUUUCAAAGCUAAUUUUUCCUGAAAGCAGACCGUGUGUGCGACUCAGUCAGAUGCACACGCUCGGAGCUUUGGAGCCUGAAAGACACUGGGGUAAGGCAAAUGAGCUCUAACUUGCUGGGUUGUGUUGUUCCCUGUCUAAUACAGCACAUCAAGAGACAUUCUGAGCUGUUCAGAGCUAAUAUACUCUACAGGGUGUCAUAAAACCAAGUGCAAAAUAUGACCUCAGGAAUCUGUUAUUCUUCGCAUAUACCAAGCACUAGAAAGGAUGGUUUUUUUCACUGUGUGAAAAGCAAGUCUCCUGUUGUUGAUAAACCUGUGUGAAAAUCUGUACUAGUAGUAAUUUCUGGCAGGGAUAUAAAUUACCAAGAAUGGAAUUCUAAAAUUUUGUGUUGAUGGGAGUAACAUUACUAUUUGGGGAAGAGAAAAUAAGAGAUUAUUUGCUGUUACGGCUAACUUAUGGAAAAAAAAACUUUAAAGAGUAAAGCUAUUUUAAUGGCACUGAUUCAAAUCCAUGUUUGUAUUUAUGUAAACAAUAGUCUUUUCCUCCUAACUUUGCUCCUAAGUGCAAGGAUACAGUAGCAUGUUUUCAUUUGUAGCCUUCCUGUUCUCUUCAGUACCUACAGUAUGUAUAUUACUAUACUAAAUGAAAUAAUAGAUCAUCUAACAAAGAUCACUAUGUGCAAUACUGUAUUUAGUGUUUCUAUUCCAAUUUUUUUAGAAUGUUAAUUUAUAAGAAAAUAAAAGGAAUAAUAAUGAAAUAACUGCCUUCUCUUGUCACUCUCUGGCUAUGCUGUAGCGUGCUACAAACUAUUUGCUCCCUAAGCACCACAUCCCAUUGUGGCUCCUGUGAUCAAGGAACAGCCUUUGUGAAGAGAGCAGAGGAAAGAAGGCUUCUCUUUGCUUGCCUUUUGCAGGGUAGUGACAGUGAUUCCCAACUGUGUAAAUAUACCACCUUUUCCCCAGGUGGUGGUAGUGAGAGCUUCAGCCUCCUUUACCCAAGGAGACUGUGUAAAACUCACUUCUCCAGCUCGUGCGUGCCUCCCGGUCUUGCAUUUGGCUCAGGUUUGUAACCUGGUCCUACCAACAUUGCUGAAUUAACAGUCUCAAGAAAUUGCUAUUAAGGCAAAAAUAUGCAUUUAAAAGUAUUAUAUCUAUAUUAUAAUUCUUGCAUAUAUAUAAAAGUGCUUUAGGAACCUCUGUCACAUACAUACAUAUCCUUUCUACAGGAUCUGCAGCAUGGACAUUAGACAUUAUUUCAAACCUCUCUCUCUCUGAAGUGUCAAAGGUUGACUGCACCAGAUGGAACCAUAUUAUAAUCUUAAGACACAUGCUGCUACAUAGAUUUUUCUUGCAUUUUACUCAGACCCAAUCUAUUUGGUUGAACGUCUCUCUUUUAUAUAGCUUCUCUCCAACCUGUCUCACACUUUCAUGCAAAGUAGCCCACUAUGUGCAGCACCACAGUUGACCCACAGAACAUCCAAAGAGGACUUACAGCACAAGUUUCACUUCUGCUUUUUGUUUUUAGCAGCAUACUCAACUUUUACAGGAUUCUGGACCAAUGCUCUUCUGUUUGUUUGUUUGGAUAUGUUUUAAAGAGGUUGAACACCCCACUCUGAGGUUUCCUCUCCUCUCAUUUGCUGCAAUCCCCUCCUUUACAGCAACAUCAAGCACUCUACUUAAGCUGGCCCUAAUUCUACAAGAAUUCUCAGAGACAAAAUUGAGCCUUUGUUGAUUGCUAACACCACAUAUUGCUCACUGUUACUUAAAUGCAGCAGCAAAAUAAUGACUUUCAGACCUGAGCAGCAGAUGUUACUUGCUGAAGUGAGUUUCACAUAGUCUCCUUGGGUAAAGGCGGCUGAAUCUGUUUUUUUUUUUUAAUGAGGAAU